AUGAGCACAAUUCUUCUUACACUUAUCUGCGUCAGCCACAUUCAUUUAACGUCGUCAUCACGGAGCAAGAGGGCUGAACCUGCACCAUGGCAUACAUUGCUUCAGUUGAAUCGAAUUAUCGAAGCUGGUAACACUAGAGCUCUGGACAUCGAGAACUACACAAAACAUGCGGCAAUCCGACAAAAUCAGCAAAACGCACUACUCUCCUCGUCGGCCUCAGUGCUAUCACCAAUGGCUGCGCUAGCAAUGGCAAACAAUCGUUUCUCUCCUCCAAAUAUUAUACCUCUGGUGAGAGGUGGCAACAAUCGUGAUUUAUUUGAGAAAUACACAGCAAGAUCACGUAUUUUGGACAACUCUGAUCUAAUAGCUGAUCGCCAACUGUUGUUUGGCACUGAUCCUCCGCCUGCUUUGCUACUACGUGACAUGCCGCCACCUCCGUUAAUGCCUCCGCCAAUACCUCCACCAUUAAUAGCGCAGCCGGUGAUCCUUCAACGAAUGCUUCAACCACGGAUGAGAUCGAGAGGUGUUGUCGAAACUCCAUUGAUGUUUGACGAGCCUAGCACACGGAUAUUCCCCAGACCAUCCCAAAUAAAGUCAGAGGCAGAACAACGAGAAAAAUUGCCAACAACAGCAGAUGAUUUUCGAAGAAAAGACUAUAUGUCUUCGGUAGUUAAAUUAGAGGCAUUAUCUGGAGUAAAGGAUGAGGGACCUCUUUGUUAUUUAUUACAGAUUGAUGAAACGUUCCUGUUGCUGGACUGUGGAUGGGAUGAAAAAUUCGAAAUGGGCUACAUUGAAUCUAUAAAGUCUCGAAUACCACAAAUAAGCGCAGUUCUUAUUACGCAUCCAGAUCAACCACAUCUGGGAGCUUUAGCUUAUUUGGUGAAAUAUUGUGAUCUUACCGCACCUAUAUAUUGCACGGUUCCCGUAUAUAAAAUGGGUAUGAUGUUCAUGUAUGAUUGGAUAAACAGCUUGAUGAGUGUUGAGAACUUUGAACUAUUCACACUGGAUGAUGUCGACGUAGCUUUUGAUAGGAUACAGAAGCUGAAGUUUAAUCAGACGGUCCCCCUUAGGGGUGAUAGCCAGAUCAAAAUUACUGCUAUGCCAGCUGGCCACAUGAUCGGAGGUGCAAUGUGGAGGAUAACUCGACAUGACGAAGAGGACAUCAUCUAUGCGGUAGACUACAAUCACAAGAAAGAACGUCAUUUAAACGGGUGUUCUUUUGAUACUAUUUUAAGACCUUAUUUGUUAAUCACUGACUCAUUAAAUGCCAUGUAUACACAGCCAAGGCGAAAGGAACGUGAUGAGCAGUUGGUGACGACGAUUCUUAAAACCGUUCGACAAAAUGGUGACUGUGUUAUUGUGAUUGACACCGCAGGACGUGUUUUGGAGAUUGCCCACCUUCUGGAUCAGCUGUGGGCGAACACUCAAUCUGGCCUACAGAAGUAUAACUUGGUUAUGAUGAGUCAUGUCGCAGCUUCUGUUGUGGAAUUUGCCAAGUCCCAAGUGGAGUGGAUGUCAGAUAAAGUUCUAAAGAGCUUUGAAACAGGCCAUACCAAUCCAUUUCUCCUGAAAAAUGUCAAACUGUGUCAUUCUCAGAUCGACUUGGCUAGAGUUAGAUCACCGAAAGUGGUUUUAUGUAGUGGUAUCGACAUGGAAUGCGGAUAUUCCCGUGAAUUGUUCCUAGAUUGGUGUGGUGAUAGCAGAAAUUCGUUUAUUAUAACAGGCAGAUCAAGUGAACGAACUCUUUGCUCGAAACUGAUCUACAUGGCUGAAUGUUUGGCUACUAAUUCACGUACUAAUAGAAUUGUUGCUCUGGAGGUUAAAAAAAGAGUUCGAUUAGAAGGAGCGGAGCUUGAGGCGUAUAAAAAGAAGAAAGCACAGAAAGACAAGGAAGAAGCGAGGCGAAGACUGGAAGAACAGGAGAGACGCCAAGCUGAAUUGCGAGGUUAUGACUCUGACGAUGAUGAUGAGAUGAUAGCAAGUGCCUUGGCCGCUGUGGAAACUCUUCGUACCAAAAAGACGCGAGAAGAAGAACAAGCAGCAGCUGCUGCUGGUAGAGGCGGCGACAAAGUUCUGAAAACCCCGACUCCGAUGAUCAUUGACGUGGAACCAAAAGAAGAAAUCACCGAAGAAGGGGAAAUGAAAUCAGAAGCGGAACCUUGCGCAAUUCCUGGAUUGACGAUGGCAACACUGAAGAUCAGAGAAGAAGCGCUGAACGAAGCACCAGCGUUUGUGCCUACUGGACCAAAGUUGCCAACAAGAAAGCGUCGACCAGUUAGGCACAACAUUACUAUGCAAGCAAUGAUGCGUUACAGAGUUCCUUUCUUCAAACGAUUCAUGCCAAUAAUGUUGCCAAUGUACCCACUUCUUGAGGAGAAAGUCAAGUGGGACGUUUACGGUGAGAAGUAUCGACCCGAGGACUACACUGUGUCGAAGCUUAGGGUUCAUCUGCCAGUUCCUCAAGAGAUCAUCAAAGAAGCAGAUGAUCCGACAGCUAACAUGGCCGUUCCUAUAGUAGAUGAUGCGCCAACGAAAUGUAUCACUGUGAUUGAAAAGAUUGAGGUGUCCUGCAAUGUGGAGUACAUUGAAUUCGAGGGUAGAUCUGAUGGGGAGUCCCUGAAGAAGUUAAUUGCUCAAAUGAAACCGAAACAAUUGAUUUUGGUACAUGGAUCAGGACAAUCUACACGACAUCUGGCUCAACACUGUUAUGACAAUAACAUUGCGCAGGGUCAUAUUUUCACACCCUCUGUCGGUGAAGUAGUCGAUGCCACGGUAGCUUCACAUAUCUACCGUAUACUUUUGAACGAUGAGCUAUUCGAGAGCUUAGAGUUCAUCAAGGUGAAAGAUGCCGAUUUAGCAUGGAUUGAUGCUCAAAUUACUGCCCGACCCUCUGAGGUGGGAGUGGAGAGGGAAGAUGGAAUGGAGGUAGACGAGCAAGCAGCAGAUGCGCAUCUUGGCGACCAACACGUUGAUAAAUGCAUGUUGAGUGCGCUCAGUGGUGAAGCGCCAUUCCGAGAUGUGGUUUAUGUGAACGAUCCAAAAUUGUCCGAAAUGAAGCAGUUGCUGCUAAACAUGGGUUUUGCGGCCGAGUUUUCAUCCGGUGUAUUGUAUAUAGGUGGUGUGAUCUCAAUUCGUCGUAACGAGGCUGGCAGAUUUCACAUUGAAGGAUGUGUUGGUCCUCUAUACCUCAGGUUACGUGAUAUCAUUUUGGAGCAAUUUAUGGUCCUUUAA